AAAAAAAGUUCGAGGAUGUACAAACACUAGUAAGGGCCCCAACAAACGAAUUUUUCCUUAACUUUCCGCUCGGAGGGUUCGUCAAAAUGUCAAAUACAGUGGAAGCACCUCGUCAAUACGGCCAGCCCUCGAGAAAGGGCAAGAGGGCCUGGAGAAAAAAUGUGGACGUUUCGGAGGUUCAAGAAGGUCUUCGUCUGUUGAAGGAUGAAGAAAUCAAAGGAGGUGUUUUAGCAGAGAAACCUUCCGAGGAAUUGUUCGUCAUUGACAAGAAGGGCUCGUCGGAGAUUCGCGACGCAUACCGAAAACAACACAAAAAGCAUCUGAAAGCAGAUGAAAUCCUCGCACAAAGAUCCGCUAUAGCGGCAGUGGACACACGGAAACGUGGGAGCUCCAACGUGACCGACGGCGUUAUCGAGCCGAAGACCAAGAAGCAUAAGAGCGACUGGGUUAGCCGCAAAGAAUGGAAGCGCUUGAAGCAGGUGGCCAAAGAGGGUAACCCAAUGGAUAAGCCAAGUGAUGGUGGUUUCUACGAUCCUUGGGCCGACGAAGCGGACCCGACGCCUCUUGACGAUCCUCAGUUCGAUUAUCUAGAAAAGCCUAAACCAAAGGUGGCCCCGGAAACUCUGAAGCGAGCUCCUAUUUCCCUGACUGCCGAUGGAAAGGCGGUUCCUUCCGUACGAGCGCCAAAUGCUGGUACAAGUUACAAUCCGACUUUCGAAGAUUGGGAUGAACUGCUACGAGUACAAGGGCAAAGGGCCGUCGAAGAGGAGAAGAAGCGGUUAGAGGAGGAGCGUAAGGAACAAGAGCGACAGCGCUUGGUUGAUGAGGCCAAGGAUGACGACGGUGAAGCCAAAUCUGAUGAUGAAAGCGCUUGGGAAGGCUUCGAGAGUGAGUAUGAGAAGCCAGAAUGGCUGAACAAGAAGCGCCCCGAGAGAAAGACGAAAACACAGAGAAACAAGAUAAAGCGAAGAAAGGAGGCCGAAAGACAAGCCAAAUGGGAGGAACAGAAAACGAAAAAGGAGGCCCAAGUUGCUGAAGCCAAGGCUAUCUCAGAGCGCUUCAAGCUCCAGGAAUUGGAACGUCAAAAACGGGACAGUGACGCUGACGAAUCUUCCGAUGAGGGUGACGAUACUACGCUGCGCCGGAAGCCACUGGGGGGUAAAAUAAGGGCCCCGGAAAAGCCGACCGAGGUAGUCCUACCGGACGAACUGCAAGAUUCGCUGCGUCUGUUGAAGCCAGAGGGAAAUCUUCUCGACGAUCGAUUCCGUACAUUGAUUGUCCAGGGCAAGCUCGAAUCCCGGAAGCCCGUAUCGCAACCGAGAAAGGCGAAGAGGGAAGUGACCGAGAAGUGGACCUACAAAGACUUCAAGCACCCAGCUCACAUUGGAAUGGAACUAAAAUCGCUCUCCAGUAAUUGGAAAAAGCUGCAGGAGACCUUGAAGAAGGACGUCUCCACGGCCCCCACGUCAAAGCGCAAACGAUCCGAUCGCGAGACUCAGAAUGAUCUAGUGAAGAAGCGGAAAACCGUUACAGAAGCAGGGAAAGGAGGAAAACGCACCUCACAAAGUGCACAUACCUCCAAUAAACGGAAGAGAAUGUCUCAAGCAUCCCCCGACGGAGUUGGGAAGGAAACUCAAAGUAUAUCCCGGAAAAGCUCCACGGCAGCAUUUCCAAAGGACAAUGAGGGCCGUUCUUCAACCGUCGAAAUAGGGAAAUAUAUAGCGGUGGAUUGUGAGAUGGUUGGAAUUGGACCAAACCCAGACAACGAUUCAGCCCUUGCCCGCAUCAGUAUCGUCAACUACAACGGUGAUCAAGUAUACGACUCAUAUGUACGACCCAAGGAGAUGGUUACUGAUUGGCGAACAUACGUCAGUGGAAUAACGCCCAAGCAUAUGGUAGAAGCCAGGUCAUUAGAACAAGUGCAGAAAGAGGUCGCGGAGAUACUUGAUGGACGGAUACUAGUGGGACAUGCUCUCCGAAACGACUUAGAUGCUCUUUUACUCAGUCACCCCAAGCGCGAUAUCAGAGAUACCAGCAAACACCCCCCAUAUCGGAAAAUUGCCGGGGGAGGUUCCCCUCGAUUGAAGAUCCUAGCGUCAGAGUUCCUGGGGCUGAAAAUACAAGACGGCGCCCAUUCAAGUGUGGAGGAUGCGAAGGCUACAAUGCUCUUGUAUCGACGAGACAAAGAUGAGUUCGAACGAGAACAUUUGAAGAAAUGGCCUGUUCGAGUUGCGCCAGAGAGCAAGGAGAACGGGGAGGAUGAGAAGAAGAAGAAGAAAAAGAAAAAGAAGACCCGUAAGAGGUGAGGAUGUAUUUGAUAUUGUGUUCGAUAUACCCUAGAAAUGAUGAGUUUGAUAUAUAAAUGCUGGCGAAUUGCCAAUUAUUUUGUGUAACUCAAAUAUCCCUAUACGUUGAAUAGUUCAAGAUCCUAAGGUGAGAGAAAGAG